AUGGUGGCGCGGAAGCAUGACCAUCCUGGCCGUGGAGGUACGACCGACGAGGGCGCGACGACGACGCAGAGCCGCGGCCUGCGCGAUACGGAGGCACGACCGAUCUAUGUGUGGAUUGGAUGCAACACAACAAAGUUUGGCCAUUUAUAUGCUGCUGCAACCACUAGGCCGGAUAACAGAGUGAGUGUUACCUCUGUACUGGGAGGAACAUCUGAUAACACCGGAUCAAGUAUGGCUUGCCGUCUAGUGCUGAAGACCGGUCUGAACAUAGUCCUGGCAAACAACAUCCCAAAAGACAGCCCCAUUCUUGAGGCUGCUGCGGAGAGGAAGCUGGUGGAGAAGCUGAAAGGUUUGGGCUACAUUAAAACUGCAGCUGCGGAGGCUAACAAUUCCACGGCAAGGUUUGGGCUACAUUAA